CCUUUCUUGGUCCGCCAUUUUGAUUGGAAAUGAGAGAGUUUUCUGACCACAACCGGUGAAGUUAUUCAAUUUUCCUGGCUAAAUUAGAUCAUUUGACUUCGGAAACGGCAAAAAUUGUCCAGAAUUUUUCUGAGGUUGGCCGUCUCCUUUGUCAAGUUGGCCGCCAACAUAAAGCCGGUCGCCCAACGGCAAAGCAGAUUCCUGCCUUCUAAACGGAAGAUGCCAGCACCUAGUCGGGCUCGCGUAUAUGCAGAUGUGAACACACACAGACCAAGGGAAUACUGGGACUACGAAUCACAUGCUGUAGAAUGGGGACAACAAGAUGACUAUCAAAUUGUCAGAAAAUUAGGAAGAGGCAAAUACAGUGAAGUAUUUGAAGCUGUGAACAUCACAAAUAAUGAAAAAUGUGUAAUUAAGAUUUUGAAGCCAGUAAAGAAGAAGAAGAUUAAGAGAGAGAUAAAAAUAUUGGAAAACCUGCGAGGUGGAACAAAUAUCAUCACACUACUUGCCAUUGUGAAGGAUCCGGUUUCCAGAACUCCAGCUUUAAUAUUUGAACAUGUCAAUAACACAGACUUCAAGCAAUUGUACCAGACAUUCACAGACUAUGAUAUUCGUUUCUACUUGUUUGAACUCCUGAAGGCAUUGGACUACUGUCACAGCAUGGGUAUAAUGCACAGAGACGUCAAACCACAUAAUGUCAUGAUAGACCAUGAAAACAGAAAGCAGCUGAGACUAAUUGACUGGGGCUUAGCCGAGUUUUAUCAUCCUGGGAUGGAAUACAAUGUCAGGGUAGCAUCUAGGUAUUUCAAGGGGCCAGAACUCCUACUGGAUUAUCAGAUGUAUGAUUAUUCCUUGGAUAUGUGGAGUUUGGGUUGCAUGUUUGCCAGUAUGAUAUUUAGGAAAGAACCUUUCUUUCAUGGGCAUGACAACUAUGACCAGCUCGUUCGGAUAGCCAAGGUGUUAGGAACAGAUGAUCUCUAUGCUUACAUAGAGAAAUAUCAAAUAGACCUAGACCCUAGGUUUAAUGACAUUUUAGGAAGACAUUCGCGGAAACGAUGGGAAAGAUUUGUCCAUAGCGAGAACCAGCAUUUGGUGAGCCCAGAAGCCCUAGAUUAUCUGGACAAACUCCUGCGAUAUGACCACCAGGAGAGAUUAACAGCCAGGGAGGCCAUGGAGCAUCCAUACUUCUAUCCUAUAGUCAAAGAACAGGGUCGCAUGUCCUCAAUGUCCGGUCACAGCUCCCCAACCCCUGUGCCCAAUGCCGGACAACUAGCUGGAAAGGGUGGCCCGACAGUAAAUAGUGCAGUCAGUGGUGUUCCCAGCUCACCUGUGAUGGCCACAAGCAUGUCUCCCCUGCCCAGCAGUGCCGCAGCAGCGGCACAAACAUAAGGCUACUCUAGGACCUAGGAAUUCAUUCACCAGAUCUGGAAGGCUUGGCGUUAUCAUUUGAUAUCCACUAUAUGUUCAGACUGAAAGUCCGGAUGGAUACGUAUCCACAAACAAAAGCCUGGAGGUCGUGUGGCUGUGUUAUUGUUGGGGAGCCGAGGUCACUGUGUUGUGACAGGACUUGGUGAACUGAAGGCCCUCUCAUUGGCAUUCAUCAGGUGACCAGCUGUGUAAAGCCAAACCUGUGGUCUACACAAUGUUGGACUAGCUAUCAUGUCUCCACUCCCUUACGAAGAGACUUAAGAAAUUCUUUGGGUGAAAUUGGUGCCAACAACACUCUUUUUGGACAUCAUCAUUUUAUGUAAUUUUGCCGAUAACUUAUCUUAUUUCAGUCUGUAGGUCUGAUUAUUUUUUUAUUUAGUUUCCUUUUUUAAGACAGACUGAAGUAUAGUCAAGAAAUGAAAAAAUGACUCAUAAUUAGUGGUAAAGCUGAAAGUGAACAAAUCUUCAGCUUCUUUGUAGAAUUCAAAUUAGCAGUAACAUAACUAUGUUUUAUUAUCGUUAUUAUUGUUAUUAUUAUAAAUAUAAUUAAUAUUAUUACUGGCAAAAUGAACCUUAAGAUAGUGAAUUAAGCCAAGGAGAUGUCCUACACAGUGCUGGAGAGGGGAGAUGUUAAACCAGACAGGUUUACAAAAGUAACAUUUUCUGGGGCAGACAUGAAUAUUCAUGAACAGUGGAUGUCAUGACAUCACAGUGUUCUAGUGACCAUGGCAACCACGAUGGUGCCAAUGUUCCACCUUACGCAGACUCACAGUGCUGUUGAAUGCCACGCGUCUAUAAAUGAAAGGGGCUAAUAGUAAGCUGAUAGAUCCGUGUUACAUUGACAUUAUAAAUGUUACAUAAUUAUCGUAUCUAUUUCUGGAAAUCUUCACCACAAAUUGGUUUGUGUUGUGGAUUUCAGCUAGGCAGGUCAACAGUUUCCCUGUAUUCUCCCCUCAUUUUGUUCUCAGAUGUGUCCCCUUAUACGCAUUGCAGUCAUAAAAGUAACAUUUGUACAGUACUACAAUA